UAUUCAAAUUUCUAUCUGGCUGAUCUGGUUCCUAUGCAGAGUUGACUCAUAACACAGAUCUCGGGUUCUCUCCUGGGUUGGAUGCUGGUGCCACCUUCAUUGGCUAUGUGAACAGGGACAGGUGGCCCCACGCUGCCCUCAGUUUCAUAGUCUAUAAAUGGGUGCUGGUAAUGGCAGUGAGCUGAGGGACUAAACAGUAAGCAGUGCCUGGCACGUGGUGAGGCUCUGCAGUUGGUGUACUUCAUCUCCAAGUCUUACUAUUGGGAAUGUUCUGAGAUUUACCUUCUGAAGACCACAACCAUCCAAGGAGUAGAUCCCAGAGAGAGGUCAUGGCUGAUAAGCACAAGGAAGCAAGGGCUCAGGUGGCAGUGACCUUCGAGGAUGUGGCUGUGCUCUUUACUCAGGAUGAGUGGAGGAAGCUGGAUGCUCUGCAGAAGAGUUUGUACCGGGAUGUGAUGCUGGAGAACUACAGGAACCUGGCUUCUCUGGGAUUCCUAUUUACCAAACCAAGAGUGAUCUCCCUGUUGCAGCAAGAAGAAGAUCCCUGGAAAGUUGAGAAAGAAAUCCCUGGAGAUCCUGCUAUUGGAUGUAAGAGCAGUCUUCAAAUGACAAAGACAACUCAAAUAAAAGACAUAUCACUUCAGGGAAUAAUAAGAAAGAGUCUAAAAAAAGAUGAGCCCUGGGACUUCAUAUCAGAAAAAUGCUGCAUAUCUGAAGACAGUUUUAAAAAACAAGACAAAAAUUCAACUUUGCAAAUAAUUUCAAUAACCCAUAUGAAAAUCCUUGAUUUAGAUGAAUGCCAUAACAAUUUUGAAUAUGGCCAAAACUUAAGUUUAAAAUCGCUUGUUAAGACACAAAGGAUUGCUAGAGACAAAAUACCUUUAAAGUGUGAAGUUCAAAGAAAUAGUUUCAAGCAGAAUUCAAAUUCAUUUAACCAACCAAAACUAAAGACAGCGGAGAAACGCUAUAAAUGCCAUACAUGUGAGAAAUCUUUCAUUCACAAUUCAUCCCUUCGUAAACAUGAGAAAAAUCAUAGUGGAGAAAAAUUAUUUAAGUGUAGAGAAUGUUCAAAAGCUUUUAGCCAAAGUUCAGCACUUAUUCAACAUCAAAGAACUCAUACUGGAGAGAAGCCCUACAUAUGUAAAGAAUGUGGGAAAGCCUUCAGCCAUAGUGCAUCCCUUUGUAAGCACCUUAGAACUCACACUGUGGAGAAAUCUUAUAGAUGUAAAGAAUGUGGUAAAUCUUUUAGUAGAAGAUCUGGCCUUUUUAUACAUCAAAAACUCCAUGCUCGAGAAAAUCCCCAUAAAUAUAAUCCAGGUAGGAGACCAUCCACUUGUACCACCUCCCUUAUGGGAGGUCAGAGACUUCAUCUCAGAAAGAAGUCCUACUUAUGUAACGAGUGUGGUAACACCUUUAAGUCCAGCUCAUCUCUUCGUUAUCAUCAGAGAAUUCACACUGGAGAGAAGCCUUUCAAAUGCAGUGAAUGUGGGAGAGCCUUCAGUCAGAGUGCAUCACUCAUUCAACAUGAAAGAAUUCACACUGGAGAAAAGCCCUAUAGUCACCUACAUGAAUGUGGAAAAGGCUUUACUUCUAUCUCACGACUCAACAGACAUCGAAUAAUUCAUACUGGAGAGAAAUUAUAUAAUUGUAAUGAAUGUGGCAAAGCCUUAAGUUCCCAUUCAACUCUUAUUAUUCAUGAGAGAAUUCAUACUGGAGAGAAACCCUGUAAAUGUAAGGUGUGUGGAAAAGCCUUCAGACAAAGUUCAGCUCUCAUUCAACAUCAGAGAAUGCAUACUGGUGAAAGACCCUAUAAAUGUAGUGAGUGUGGGAAAACAUUCAGGUGUAACUCAUCCCUUAGUAAUCAUCAAAGAAUUCAUACUGGAGAGAAACCUUAUCGAUGUCUAGAAUGUGGAAUGUCAUUUGGCCAAAGUGCUGCUCUUACUCAACAUCAGAGGAUUCAUACAGGAGAGAAACCCUUUAAAUGUAAUACAUGUGGGAAAACUUUUAGACAGAGCUCCUCACUUAUUGCACAUCAAAGAAUCCAUACUGGAGAGAAACCCUAUGAAUGUAAUGCAUGUGGGAAACUUUUCAGCCAGAGGUCAUCCCUUACUAAUCAUUAUAAAAUUCAUAUUGAAUCAGACUCCUUGAAAGCAGACUUACAUAUGUGAAAGCAUUAAACCAAAGUUUAUCAGAGGACAGGUAGUUGAGAUUGAUUUUAAUGUAAUGAAUAUGAGGAAGCUUUUAAUUUAAUCCUUAUCAGACAUGAAUUUCCAAGGAUAAACCUUGUCUAUGUGGUAAUUAUGAUGAAAAAUUUUGUACCUGUUUAGUCACUUUUUAAAACACUCUAAGACACUUAAUAGUUGCAGAUAUUGGUAUGGGCCCUUUGUAAGAUGAAAAAUGGGAUUUUCUGUCUUUUCCAAUGUUAUGCAAUAUCUGCAUAAUGUAAACAUGAAAAUUAUUCAGGGUUGCUAGAUUUCUAAAAACAAUUAUAUGAGUUGCUAGCAUAUUUAUUAGAACUAACUUAAUGACAAGAGAAUGGAUCUUAAAAGUAAAUGUGUUUUUAGAGCAUCAGACCAAAUAAAAGAAAAACAAACUGCAAGCUACCUCAAUGUCUGGAGUUUACCUUUUCCUAACCUAUUGUCAAACUUUUUGCAUGGCUUUUAUUAAAAAGGAGAA